GAGAGAGUAUGCUUUACUUGCUGUUGAAGUCGGUAUUGAUGACGGACCAGACCAGGUCGAGUUGGCAUAAAAGCUGGCAAGCGUUGAAGUUGAUGACACAAUCACUGUCGACCAGGGUCACAUCCGUUGUUGUAGCAAUCACAAGAGCCAAGCAUGAUUCGUACGAGGCAGCGGGGAGGUCACUUGCUUUUUGUAACUGCUGCUGCUGCGCUCGUCGACACGCGAGACGAAUGCGUCAAGCUCGGGUCGUCAUUAGCUUAGAUCGCAGCCCUGCACUGAAGAGCGUCCUCUAGUGAAGAAGGUUUUGCAGGUCGGCUCACACAUUCCUCCCACUUCUGUCCAGAGGGUUCGUUACCUGAUCGUGGACUGGUGUGAGCGCUGGUUAUGAUUCUGUUAUUCAACCACAGAGCCCAUUUGUUUCAUCUGUGAGCGUGUACGCGCACCGACUGGGUUGAUCUGGUCCGGUGCAUCUAUUGGGUCGUACCUUGCCAGAUUGGCCAGCACAACUGUUCCCCAAAACUAGCCGCUUUCAGCGUUAAAGGAUUACCUCGGAGACCUUCAUUUCCCUUAGAUUCAUAUUGAACGACGAUUACUGGAGUCUUGUAAUAAAUAUUUUCAAGCGCCUUCAACUUCCCUCUUUCUGUUAAACGCGUUACUCACUUGCACCUCUCUUUUUCUGCCAUUGGUAGCAUUUCAACAGAAUCCUCCAGAACGCUUCAAUCACUCCACAGAAUCGCGAGAAGCGUGUUCAAGGGUGUAUCAGAUACACCACUGACAAUUGUGGAUCUUAGGAAGGAUUCACAAGAUGGAGUCGAAGAUCGUUCCAGUUACAGGAUCAACUUUGGUUUGUUUGGCCGCAGCAUUGCUGUUUCUGGUGGGAGUGAUGAGAAGAUGCUGGUUUGGUGAGAAGUCUCUGCCCCCAGGGCCAACUGGAUGGCCAGUUGUGGGAUCGCUCUACUCGUUGGGGCCUAGAAACAUUCCUGCGUGUCGAAGGUUUGCCGCUUUAGCUGCCAAGUAUGGUGCACUCAUGUUCCUGCGAAUGGGUUCGCGUCCAACUGUCGUCAUAUCCGACUCUACAACAGCCAAGGAGUUCUUCAAGAGUCAAGACAACAAUUUCUCAUCCCGGCCGCGGCUGGCCACUGGCAAACACUUCGGAUACGACUACAGUAGCGUGGUGUUUUCCAGCGGAGAAAAAUUUACAGAGAUGCGACUUAUCUACAGCGCUGAGCUGCUCUCCUCGACAAACGUGAAGAAGCUAGCGCCGGUGAGGAUGGAGGAAAUCCGAUUCCUAAUGGCCGACGUUUUGCGUCGUUCAGAGAGUGAAAGACUCGGUGAUCGUCCCCACGCGACCGAAGGACUCAUCAACAUAACCUCCAUGGUGUUCAAAGCGAAUCUGAACUUGAUGGGGCGAAUCAUUUUCAGUCAGAGCCUGUUUGGAGACUCCGGGACGGUGAAUGCCACGCCAAAAGAAGUUGAGAACUUCAAGUUCUUUGUCAAAUCUGCAACAAGACUGGUGGGACUGUUCAAUGUCGGCGACUACAUACCCGCGCUAAGAUGGUUGGAUCUACAAGGAGUGGAGGGAGACUUGCAGCGCUUGAAACCGCAUCAAGAAGGUCUCCUUCUUCCGAUCAUUCAUCAGUACCGGAAGAUGCACCAUAGUGCGGAAGGGUUCUCCAAGCAGGAGGACAGGCGGGUAGACUUCAUCGCUGCUUUAGUGGCCAAAUACAGCACUUUGUCCGAUGAGAAUAUCAUGGCUGUUGCUAUUGACCUGAUUGUGGGGGGCAGCGACAGUGCAUCCACUGCCGUGGAGUGGGGCAUGACCGAGCUACUCCGACAUCCCCACUAUUUGCAAGAGGUGCAAGCUGAAUUGGAUGCAGUGGUGGGUCGAGACAGGCUAGUGGAGCUGUCCGAUUGUGACAAACUGCCAUUCUUAGACUGCGUGGUAAGAGAAACCUUGCGGCUUCACCCACCAUCUCCCUUGGCCAUUCCCCACUACAGCAGCCAAGAAUGCACUCUAGGUGGGUGCCGAAUCCCUGCAAAAACAACAGCCUAUGUAAAUAUACACGCCAUACAUCGAGAUCCCAAGGUUUAUACAAACCCAAAUGAGUUCCAGCCGAAGAGGUUCAAAACCUUGCCAUCAAUGCAAGUGAUGGCUCAGAAUUGCGAGAGCAUCCCAUUCUCCGCGGGCCGAAGAGCGUGCCCAGGACAAAAAUUCGCUUUCCCCACUGUGAUGCUCAUGCUCGGUAACCUACUGCAAUGCUUCAGUUGGUCUCCCCCACCUGGCAUCAGAGGCGAGGACAUCGAUGUGGACGAGGCUCCGGGAGUUGUUUGCUCCCGUCUUAAGCCAUUGGUGGCUUCAGCGACACCAAGAGUGGAGAAAAGCGUCAUCCUCGACCAUAAGUAGAGAAGGGUAACACAGAGAAGGUUCAGUAAUAACAACAUGAGCAGCUAAUUCAGAUGUUAAUAUUCAGGUUUUUCUUCUAUUUUUAUUUUAUUUUUUUGCCUUAUAUUGUAAAACGGCUUAAUAAGAUGGUCUUGAUAAAUGAUACAUCGAAGCUCACUGUAUCACAAAUACGAGAAUAAUAAGAUGUAUAGAUAAUUUCUAGGUAUUUCUAAUACCUGACUUGUAGUUUCCAGUAAUGACGAUAUAGUUGUUUCAUUCCUGUCGGAAGAAUUUCAA